AUGUUCGACUUGCCGAACGCGAAACGCGUUCGUCGCAAUGAAAUCCUCUCCCCGUCCUCAUCACGGUCUCCCUCGCCUCAACCUGAAGAUACGCUUGCCAGUGGGUAUGAGCGACUAGGUGAAUUGUUAAACCUUGAUUCCUUAAUUCAGCCCGAACAGCAACCGGAACAAACAGAUAUCCAAGCCACCAAUGCAAAGGAGGAGGAGGAGGAGGAAGAAGAGCAAGAAUUUGAAUUCCGACUUUUCAGCGCGCCGGCUCGGGACUCUACUGCUACUGCUACGCGAGAUGCAGGUUCCGCUGCUACAGAGGAAAAGAAGAAUGAUGUUGAGGCGGCAGGGACACAGAAGUUGCGAAUUCGAUUACGGUCUCCGACGCCCGGAGCUGGAGGUCCUGAUGAUGGGGGGUUCGUGAAGCCGUUUCGCGGAUGGGAGUAUUACUUUUCUGCGCCGGGGUUGCUAUCUGGGUCGAAUGAGGAUGAUCCGAAGCUUGCACUGAGGCGGAAACAAUUUGAGGAGGUCGCUGUUAGUGGAGAGCAAAUGGGAGAAUGGGCGAAGGUUCCUUGGCCUGGGUGUCACUUACCGUGGCGUGUGAUUCAUUGGAAAAGGCAUCAAACGAAAUUACCCCGAGAGGAUACUGCUACCGCUGUUUUCAUCGCCGAGCCACAGAUCAGAGACCCCAAGUCUCGGAAGAAGCCGGGCAAAAAGCGACGGCUCCAGCUUCGCAAGCGUCUGGCAGUGGCGGAGCGGGCCAAGGAAACGGACGCUGAGAAACGGAAUCGCAAAAACCGGGAGAGGAAGAUCAAGCGUAGACAGAAGGCAAGAGAAAUUAAAGCGGCAGUGGCAGCCUCGGGACAAGGCCAGGACACACCCGCUAUUGAAGGGGAUGAUGCUUCAUCGCAGGGAAGUGAUUAA